AUGGAGACAUCCACCUUUUUGCCAGUAGUCAAGAACGUCAAGAAGCUUUUGGGAUUUCAAGAUCUUUCCGGUGAAAUUCGCAAUACAAUUUACGAGCUUCUACUUUAUGAUUUCAAAGAAGUGUUGGUUCCAUGCCAAUUUCCUGAUCUACUGUCACCUUAUCAGGUGGCUAUCGCCAGACAUCAUAUUCAUCCUCAAAUAUUGAGAAAAUGCCGACAAGUGUACCAGGAGGGCACAUAUUUGAUGCGAAAGAAAAACCUAUUCAUCAGAUUUGAAUGUGAGGUCUCACCAUACCAGAUUACCCUUGCACUUCUAGAGAUCGAAGUUCCUUUUCUCAUACCCGAUCCAUCCACUUCAAGGGGCCACCAUCGGCUCUCGUAA